AUGCACGCAAAGCAGCUGAAUAACACCCACCUUCACCAUAUUGGAUACGUCAAAGCACUGACGGUCUAUCUUCGGACAUGUAAAACUCUAUUCCUCCUUGCUCUCAGCAAACGUCCGAACCGUUCGACAAAGCUCUACACGCAUGGUAGACAUAAAGAUCCUAUAGGGGUUUGUAACAAACCUUCAAUGAUACCUUCGGGUUAUAAACCCAAACCUCCUUCGGCACUCGACAACAUAUCUUUUACUUUCUGGAAUGAAUUCAGGCCUGCAGCAGAGUACUCAAAGUCGUCUGAGGCCUUGUCGGGGACCCCAGCUCAAAUAAGGACGAUGAAUUCCCAACGUCGCCACUCUGAGGAUUCGUUGGCCGUGCAUUCUCGGUAA